UCCGUGCCGUCAAUGUUGUAGACCCCUAUUACGAUCUCGUGGCGCGCAGGCGCAGCAAGACCUUCUGGUUAGAGUAUCCAUUUUGAUCACAUACAACUUUAAGUCAACAAUGGCAGACAUCGAGGAUACUCACUUCGAGACUGGAGACUCUGGUGCCUCCGUGACCUAUCCUAUGCAAUGCUCAGCAUUGCGCAAAAAUGGGUUUGUUAUGUUAAAGUCUCGUCCAUGCAAGAUAGUAGAAAUGUCUACUUCUAAGACUGGCAAGCACGGUCACGCCAAGGUCCAUUUAGUGGGUAUCGAUAUAUUUACUUCAAAGAAAUACGAAGAUAUCUGUCCUUCUACACACAAUAUGGAUGUGCCGUUUGUCAAGCGGGAAGACUAUCAGCUGACAGAUAUAUCUGACGAUGGCUAUCUCUGCCUGAUGGCUGAUAAUGGGGAAUUGCGUGAAGAUCUCAAAAUACCCGAUGGUGAAUUGGGAACACAAUUGCGUGCUGAUUAUGAGGCUGGAAAAGAGUUACUUUGCACUGUAUUGAAGGCGUGCGGCGAGGAGGUAGUAAUCGCCAUUAAAAACAACACCUCCCUCGACAAAUAAUUGUGUUCAGCCUGAAGAUUACGACGACAAAAAGCCCAACACACAUUCGAGCAAAUACCACCCGCUUAGUCAAUCAAUCGACACCUUUACCAUUGGUCAACCAGGAUAAACAACAACAAUAACAACCAAAAAACAUACAGGAAGAUGAUGAAGAGAGUGGGAGAGUAUAAGAGAGCAAGAGAGGGAGAGAAAGAAAAAGAGCGCUUGAGAGAGAGAGAAAGAGAGGGAGAGAGAGAGAGGGAGAGAGAGAGAAAAAAGAGAGGAAGGUGGAGAAAGCAAAACGGGCUAGCAGUUCCACACAUAACAACAGCAACGCGCAGAUACGAGAAGCGACUUUUAUCAAAGUAUAACACCCGCUUACUUAAUUAUUAUUCAACAAUAAUUAAAAUAAAUCCGGAAAAGCGAAAACUAUAGCAAAAACUAUAGGUGACACGCACACUCAGUUACAUAUACCUACUUAUCUACCUACACAUGACAUCCUAAAAACAAAUAGACAUACGCGUGUGCGUUUUAUGCGCACACUCGCAUGAACACACACACAUACACACACGUUCACUCUUACACACAUCCAUUCACACACGCGUUGUUUGUUAUACAAGAAAGUGGCGACAACUUUUCAACAGAGAGUUGAUUGAGAAAUAAAAACUGAGAAAGCCUUGACACAUCCUGGAUCUUUUUUUUUUUUAAAGAAUAGAGAGAGAAAGAAAUUAUUUACAACAGCUUUGUAACUUAUUACACUUAUAUGUAUGAAUGAGAGAGUACGUGAAAGAAUGAAAGAUGCAGAGAGAAAGAGAGAAAGAAAGAGAGCAAGAGAAAAUUGUUGGAGACCAAUACGAAGAGGUCGUGGGAAAAGGACUGCGAGUCCUUUAAGCGCGCGCGGAACAAUUUUUCAUGGGAUGCUGGCGAUGCCCGACACGAAGCAGCUCACUUCAAGCAUCUUUCCCAUAUAACGAUCGAUUCAUAAAGAUUAGACAAGACUGGAGUUACACUACACAAAAUUUCUACAGAAUACCAAAAUAUAUUUUCUUUUCUUUCAAAGAGAUCUCGAGUUCUCAAGAUUUGUAGGUCUAAUAAUAUAAUUGCAUUAAAAUUGCAUUAAAUAUUUUGAAUUUCAGCUCUCAAGAGCUAUAAGGAUUAUGAAUUAUAUAAGAAUGAUUCGUAAUGCUUAAAAAAUGACUUUUAGAUACCUAAAGUCUCGGAAAUAUCGAAAUCUUGAAGAAUGUAACACUCUAACUUAACUAAGUUUAGGGAAUCUAAAUGCGAAAUCAGGAAGAUUGACAAGUCCAAGAGAUAUUCGAUAUCUACAAAGGCAAUUCAGAGGCUUCGAGAUUCUGGUAUUUAAAGGUUAUUGCUCGCGAAAUUCAGAUUCGAAAUGCGCGAGGAUCUUGACAUUUCUUUGUAUUCAACAAUUGAACAAUGCAAAGGCUUUGGGAUUGAAGUAUCUAAUAGUUCGUGUGUUGGACUCGAUAUAUAAGCAUUUAAAGAACACAAUAAAGAGCCCAUAGGUUCUUAUAUAAUUAAAAAUUCAAGUACAAUUUUUCGGUAUCCGCGGAUAUCGAGGUGCGCAAGAAUCGGGCGUUUUAGACCUCUAAAUCCAAGGACGUCGAGAUCUUAAGAAUAUCACAUAGGAUGACAUUUCGCGCGCUUGAUAGCCAAUGCGACGCGAUCGCGACAUCGCGUUACGUUCAGUCUGUAAUUGGCUUGCGAAUGCUCAGACCUUAUUACAUUUUGUUGUAAUACCUCGUUUUAAUAAACAUUUUUCAGAACAGGUUA